CAAUUAGGAGCAUUGUAGUUUUCUGGCAGGAGAAAUGUGCUCCCUGCUCAAGCCGUCUGAAGUUAGGCUAAAUAAAUCGUACACAUUCUAUAGGACUAAAUGAGUUUUGCAGGGACCAUAAUCGAGAUAAUUCCUUUGAUUUGCCCCGGUUGACUCUCGGGAUUCACUCUCGGGUAUUUCUGUCCCGUCCCGGGAGAUGAUUCAUGUGGCUAUAUCUCUCUUCCUGUUUUCCCUACUUGGGUUUAUUUUUUCCCUUCUCUCACAGUAGAGUACAAUAUUUCAAGCUACUAGAUAUUUUGAGUUCCAGCCAUAUAUUUAAAGGUUCCUGUCAUGCAUGUGUUGGAGAAGAGACAUUUAUUGAAAGAUCAAAAUAUUUAUUGUCAGGCCGGUGCGGGCCAACCAGUUUGAAGUGGGUGGUGUUGUUGCUGUCACAGCGGUAUCUUACAAAGCCUAUUAAUCACGGGAAGGUUAAUUAGUGUAUCAGCUUGGUUCUAUUAAUUGUGCCUCAUCCUGGCUUUCUGAUUGGACACACUGUGUCCCUCUCCAUCAGAGCUGCCAUAUCCAACAACACCCUGCUGAGUCUUGGGACCUUUUUCUCCUUUUUCCUCUGCCUCUCUUGAUUUGUCAUUUACAUUCACCUCCCAUCUCCAUGCUGAGCAUGAAUCUCCAUCCCUCUUUUUUUUCAGCCUGCUUUUAUUUUGACUCAUUUUGGCUCUCUUUUUAUGAUUUCAGAGACGGCGGGGCUCGGGGGUCUUCUGCGCCAACUGUCUAACCACCAAGACCUCGCUGUGGAGGAAGAAUGCCAACGGUGGCUACGUGUGCAACGCGUGUGGCCUCUAUCAGAAGCUGCACUCGACCCCUAGACCGCUGAACAUUAUCAAGCAAAACAACGGCGAGCAGAUCAUCCGUCGACGGACACGCAAGCGUCUGAAUCCUGACCCUGUCCAGUCUGAGCAGGUGGGGUCCAAGCAGCAGCGUGUCAACAGCGAGGAGCGUCUCAAUGGCAGCCCCUUAGAGAGGAGGACUGAGGAAGCAGGAUCUGAUGGGUCCUUAUCACGUGCCGAGGCCCAAGCCCAGUUGGGUAAAUACGAGGCAUAUGGUCCCUCAGGACCCAAAAGUCACCCUAGCCCCCGCUCCACCCACGCGUUCCUCGUCAACCAGACGCUGGAGAUCCACAAGCGUAUGCCACCCCUGCAUAUGCACAAGAGCCCUACAGACGGUGGGGCCGAGGGCAACGGGCUCAGCGCAGGACCCCAGGGCAGCGACGCCAAAGGUGGCUCAGAACGAGGCAGCCCUAUUGAGAAGUACAUGCGUCCAUCGAAGCAGGCCAGCUACUCUCCUCCUGGAAGCCCUAUCGAGAAGUACCAGUAUCCGUUCUUAAGCCUGCCCUUCCUCCACAACGACCUCCAAAAUGAAUCGGACUGGUUGCGCUUCUGGACUAAGAUGCCUGUGCCGGGCAACCCGGGCCACUACCUGAGCCCUGUGGCUGGCCUUCCCAAUCCGUGCCAAAGCUUUGUGCCUUACCCUUCCUUCGGCUUACCGCCUCAUUUCCCCCCACCAACCCCUUCUGAACCCGAAAGCGACACGCCUCUCGAUCUAGCCAUGAAACAUUCCAAACCCAGUCCUACGCCCAAUGGGACCCUCGUCACCAAGGAGAAACAGGCGUCACCUGCUUCUGAAAGAGAGCGGGAGACAGAACGCUCAGAUGAACCUGAAGAGGAAUGCUCUUCUUUUUCUCCACAAGUCCCAAAACCAGAGAUGGUUGAUCAGGCCACACAAGAUGAAAUCUCAAGCAAAUGCGCCCACUGUGGCAUUGUCUUCCUGGACGAGGUCCUGUACGCCCUGCACAUGAGUUGCCAUGGUGACGGCGGGCCCUUCCAGUGCAGUAUCUGCCUGCACACUUGUGCCGAUAAGUACGAUUUCACAACCCACAUCCAGCGAGGCCUCCACCGGGCCGCCCCCGAGGCCAACGCCAACCCCUCUAACCAAUGAGCUUUACAAACCUGCAAUCUGAGCACAACUAGAGCAGCGAGGAAAGCGAGGGAUUGUUCAAAUGAAUGCUUUGAACUUUUUGCUUGAAAUGUGCCAAGACGGAUCACGGUGCCUAAGCAGCCAAUGCAAGGAACGUCAGUCAGCAUAGCAUUUCUGGGGGAGCUCACACACAAACACACUCACACACUUUUAAACUUUUAAACAAAGACAUCGGUACAUGUAGCUACUCAAUCUAGAUAGAUUUUCAUUAGUCCAGGUAAGCAAGGUACAUCUUCUCCAGUUUAUCGCUUCGUUUCUCAUCGUUGUGUGUAUUCACAGAUUUAUGGAAAGUUCUCUUACCUGGUCCUGGUCAAAAUGAGGAUGUGUUUCUGCAUGUGUGGCUUAGUGUUGAAAAAAGUGGCAGUCGUCUGUCACUAUGGCAACAGCAUAAAUGACUGCCGUCCUCAAACAUCCAGCAUCCUCAGGGAAUGUGUUUGGCUGAAUAGACAACAUUAGUUUAUAAUCUGGCUGGCUCGAGUUGACAUUAUACUAAAUGUCUUAUAGUUUUCUGUUCGUUGGUUUCAUAUUUUUUUUUUUAAGUUAAAGGGUUAGGUAACUCAAGUCUCAGAAUUCCAUCAAAACUUUCAAGCUGCUGCCUUAGUUGCUGGGAUGCAAUUCUCUACUCUAGAAAUUUGGGAAGGAAUUAAAAAGAUAUAUUUUUUUCUAGGUUGUUAAUAGUAAAACCAUAUUAUCAGUGCCUGAUAUAUUGUACAGAGUAUUUUCUACAUGAGAUGUUGAUAUGCAACAUUGAACUUGCAUCUGAAUAAGGGCCUUGAGUUUGGCUCUGACAAACGUUUACAUUUGCAAAUGUAGCAAACGACGUAAUGAAGCACCACCUGAACUUUUUUUUUUUUUAUGAAAACAGUAAGAAAGUUUAAUUUCCUUUCCUCCAAAGGUGGAAUAUUCAACAAGAGUACUAUGUUUUGUUUUGUUUUUUUUUUGGCCACAAAAGGGCACUAUUCAUUCCAAGCAUUUUCUGUUGCCUCUCCUUAGCAUGUAUGUAUUUAUGCUUUUUAGUUGAUGAAGAAGCUUGUAUUGGACUAAAGUCUUCCUGUAUUUUUCUCCUGCUCUUCUGAUACCAGACAUUCAAGGAAAACUGAAGAUUCUGUGCUACAUUUGGUAAUUUUAUGGGAGCUGGUGCUCUAUAAUAUACAAAAUAAUAACUUGAUGUCAGUCUAAAUUCAUUCCACCUUUAAUUAUAAUUAAUUAAGAGCAGUUGAAAACAACUUCGCCUUUUUUAUUUUUUAAAUUACAAUUUUAUUGUGUACUGUUGAUGAAACGUAAUAACUGCAGGUGUUUCUGGUGCCUUUCGAUGGCAGUUGUCUCAAAGAGGCAUAACUUUGUUAUUUAUAUUGUUGUUUCACCCAGCUGUACUUUGGUUUUUAUGCUCCUUUUGCAAUUGUUAUCAUGAGGAGUGGACAACUGUUUACCUGAGCGACUGAAAACAUAUUUUUAAGUAAUAAUGAGCUCAGAAAUGACCCAGACCUACUUAAUCAAGUCAAGCGCUUGAUUUAUUUUAAAGCUGUUCAUUCAUCUUCAGUUUUACAUUUUAUUUAAAUAGAAGGGGGGGGGGGGGGAAUUAACCUCCCAGAUUCUGUUUUUAUUUGCAACUAGAUGUCUUUGUUGUUACAGUACGCUCCCAUGUGUACUUCUCCACGCUUGCUCCUUUUUAUGGUCAGGUUCAAUGAGUUGUGUCUAGUCUGACUUCAUACAGACAUUAUUUAUAUGAACUGGGGAAAAGUGGGAGAGAUUGAGGCUCAAAAUGUCUGAUUUGUGCUUUAUCUCUCUCUCUCUCGGAAACUAGCCUUACAAAGCUGCUUAACUGCAAAUGCCUCUUAGAAAUUACUGAAAUCAUUAUAGACUGUCGCUUUUCAACAAACCAUUUAUACAGUUGGGUAUUAAAUAACAAGAUUCUUUAUUUUAAUAUUUUGUCUACAUUUUUUUUUUUUUUGUAAUUUGAAAAUGUUAAUGCUUGCACUUCAGUUACUCUAUUGCAAAAGAAGAAAGAUGAGAUGUGUUAUUAGCAUGCUAAGUACAGGUACUGCAUUAUAAUAAAUGAACGAGAUCUUGCCUAUGUUUGAAGGUCUUGGCAAUAUUGAAACACAAUGAGUAUUUGAUGGAGCCUGGAAGCUUGUUUGGUCAAGGCAAAGGGCAUAAAUAUGUAAAUGUUUUAACCAUUAUUCUUAGAAUGUUAUUGUUUUUACACUUGCUGCAUUUAAAGUGCAUAGAUGAUUAUUUUAGGAUUUUCUUUUUUGUUUCAGCUGCCACCUUAACUUGGUUUUAUUUUUAAAUUUUUGUGUGGUAGGUUUUUACAUGCAAAAAGUUUCAGUAAAGAUGGCAAAGAUGUCUGUUACAUCUAAACUUGAAUAAUAAUGAUGAUGACGAUGAUAAUAAUUAUGAUAAAAUAAAACAUUUUAGCAUUUUUUCUGUGUA